AUGAAUGCAAAAGGUGCCAACCUUGAAAUCCAAGUGAAAAUGUCUAAGCCGACGCUUGAGGGUCUCCCAACCGAGCUACUGAUUCUCAUCUUGCUGGAGAUAUCCGACCAGUCUUCUCUCAAAUCCAUCGUGCUAUCAUCCUCCACACUGCACCAAGCGUACCUUACUGCGCGACCAGAAGUCCUUCUCCGCAUCCUGCACAGGCAGUAUGGACCAUUUCUGGGAGAAGCAGUGGUGGCCGUGCGAUCACGGGGUCUUUGUUUCGCCUCCCACGAGCAAGAAGCGAUCACUUUAUUGGACACUUGGCGACGCAGUGGAGAACUUACUGAACUGGCAUUGCCAACAACAAAACAAUUACAUAACCUCGACGGGUUAGAAGAGAUGUUCAGCCUGUUUCGGUUCCAUAAACAGCUCAAAUUCUUUCUAGAAGAUUUGACAAGCAAGGCACUGCGUCCUCCGUGGUUGGCACAAGAUGACUGGGACACUUCCAUCUAG